AUGGCCGCCAUGGAGAAGCUGAUGCGGGCCUUCGAAGCGCUGCGCUCCUUCCAGCAGCAGCAGCUGCCGCCGCCGCCGCCCCAGCCCAGCCCCGCGCCCGAGGAGCCGCCCGCCCGCCCAAAGAAGGAACUGUCCACCUCCAAGAAAGACCGAGUCAAUCAUUGCCUAACAAUAUGUGAAAACAUCGUGGCUCAGAGUUUAAGAAAUUCUCCAGAAUUCCCCAAGCUGUUGGGGAUCGCCAUGGAACUCUUCCUCCUCUGUAGCGAUGACGCGGAGUCCGAUGUUAGGAUGGUCUCCGAUGAAUGUCUCAAUAAAGUGAUAAAAGCCUUGAUGGAUUCCAGUCUUCCUAGAUUACAAUUGGAACUCUACAAAGAGAUUAAAAAAAACGGUGCUUCCCGGAGUUUGCGGGCUGCUCUGUGGAGAUUUGCGGAACUUGCACACCUUGUUAGACCUCAGAAAUGCAGGCCGUACUUUGUGAACCUCCUGCCCUGCUUAACCCGGGUCAGCCGGCGGCCCGAAGAAUCCGUGCAAGAGACCCUGGCUGCGGCGAUGCCCAAAAUCAUGGCAGCGUUUGGCAACUUCGCAAACGACAGCGACAUCAAGGUUUUAUUGAAAGCUUUCAUAGGUAAUCUUAACUCCAAUUCUCCAACCAUCCGUCGGACGGCGGCCGCAGCCACGGUGAGCAUCUGUCAGCAUUCACGAAGGACGCAAUAUUUUUACACUCGGUUGCUUCAAGUAUUGCUAGGACUGUUGUGUCCCACGGAAGAAGAGCACCCCAGUGUCUUGAUUCUUGGGGUGUUGCUCACCUUGAGGUACCUGAUCCCAUUGCUGCAGCAGCAGGUGAAGGACACCAGCCUGAAGGGCAGCUUCGGGGUCAUCCAGAAAGAAACCGAGAUUUCACCUUCCUUGGAUCAACUCAUCCAGGUGUACGAGCUGAGUCUCCAUUACACUCAGCACCGGGAUCACAACGUCGUCACCGGAUCCCUGGAACUGUUGCAGCAGCUCCUCCGGACGCCUCCCCCCAACCUCCUCUUGGCCCUCACGAUGCGCGGGGGGCUUUUGCAAGCGGGGAGGGCAGCCGAAGAUGAGAUUGCCGCCGCGGCCCGCAGCAAUAGCAUUGUGGAACUGAUUGCUGGAGGGGGGUCUUCCUGCAGCCCUGUUUUUUCCAGAAAACAAAAAGCCAAAGUACUUUCAGGAGAGGAGACCCUGGAAGAGGAUUCCGAAGCCAGGUCUCAAGCCAGCCAGGUGGGCUUUGCAGGGUCUGGGAAAAGCGAGCUAAACAGUGAAUUAACUUCCACGCCGGGCGUCUCGCCCGCGGCCAGCUCGGCCUCCGACCCUCCGGGUUGCGACAUCAUAACGGAGCAACCCCGUUCUCAGCACGUCUUGCAAUCCGAAUCGGAGAUCUCUGCUUGCGAUUUGACGGGCGCGACCCCGAAAGCCGAUACGGACGACGACAUGCUGAGCAGGAGCUCCAGCCAGAUUAGCGCCAUCCAGUCCGAAGUGAACGACGGCACCUCAUCGCCCAUCAGCGACAGCUCUCAGACUACCACCGAAGGGCCGGACUCGGCAGUGACCCCGUCCGAUUUCUCUGAAAUGAUUCUCGAAGGCGGUGAGAACCAAUACUCUGGAAUGCAGAUUGGGCAGCUGCAGGAGGAAGAAGACGAAACAGCCAACGUUCUACACGACGAGACUUUGGAUCCGUUCCGAAAUUCCUGCCUCGAGCUUCAGCGAUCUCAUUUAGCGAAAACUGUGAGCCACAGGAGGGAGCCUUCCAAUGGCAGCAUGGAGAAGUUUGGGCCUAAGGAAGAAACUGAACUGGCUGACCAUGGAAUUAAGCUCUCCAGAAUGAAAGGUGAUAUCGGGGGCUAUAAGGACGGAAGUGCUGCGCCGCUAGUCCACUGCGUUCGCCUCCUGUCGGCCUCUUUUCUGCUCACCGGAGAGAAGGGGGCUCUGGUGCCGGAUAAAGACGUCAGGGUCAGCGUGAAAGCCUUGGCCAUCAGUUGCGUGGGGGCAGCCGUGGCCCUUUACCCGGAAGCUUUCUUCAGCAAACUCUACAAAAUGCCCACUGAAAGUAACAAAGAAGAAAGAGAGCAGUCCGUGAAGGACAUUGUGAAUUAUAUCGACCACGGAGACCCCCAGAUCAGAGGGACAACCGCCAUUUUGUGCGGAACCAUUGUUUAUUCCAUCCUCGUCCAGUCUUGCUUCAGUGUGGAAACUUGGCUGGAAAAUAUAAAAGCGUCCACAGGGACGCUGGUGGAGUGUGUCUCCUUACUACAGAAAAGCCUGAAAGACGAGUCUUCGGUCACGUGCAAAUUGGCUUGCAUAGCUGUGAGGCACUGCAUCAUGAGCUUAUGUGGCAGCAGCCAUAGUUCCUUGGGGUUGCAAUUACUGGUUGACCUCCUUCUCCUGAGGAACAGCUCCUACUGGCUGGUUAGGACGGAGCUUCUGGAAACGGUGGCUGAAAUAGAUUUUCGGUUAAUCCAGUUUUUGGAAGAAAGGGACAGCAAUCUGCAUAGAGGGGAUUAUCAUUACGCUGGGCUGUUAAAACUUCAGGAUCGGGUUCUGAAGGAAGUGGUCAUUUCUCUCCUGGGCGACGAAGAUCCCAGAGUCAGGCGUGUGGCUGCAGCUGCUUUAGUAAGGCUGGUCCCAAAGCUGUUCUAUAGUUGCGACGCAGGGCAGACUGAUCCGGUCGUAGCUCUGGCCAAGGAGCAAAGCAGCGUCUACCUGAAGCUCCUGAUGCACGAAACCCCACCGACUUCCCACUUUGCAGUGAGCACCAUCACCAGAACCUACAGAGGAUACAACCUGAUGCCAAGUCCAGCCGAUGUGACGGUGGAGAACAAUCUUUCCAGAGUGAUCUCGGCCGUGUCCCAUGCGUUGACGACCUCACCCUCCAGAUCCCUGACUUUUGGCUGCUGCGAAGCAUUGUGUCUUUUGUCCUCAUCGUUUCCGGUUUGUACCUGGAAUGUGGGAUGGCACUGUGGUUUUUCUCACCCGGGAGGCAUGGAAGAGUCCCAGGAGAAGAGCGCAGUUGGGAUAGUUGGCUUGCUCCUCUCCCUCCUUUCCUCCGUUUCGUUCCCUCUGGAUCUCUCUGCCCACCAAGACGCCUUGAUCCUGGCUGGGAAUUUGCUGGCAGCCACCGCCUCCAAAUCUUUGCAAAACCCCUGGACGCACAGCGAGGACGAAGCCAGCGUUCCUGCCGCUAAGCAAGAGGACUCGUGGGUGGCCCUGUCAGACCGGACGCUUGCCCUGUUGGUCGAUCACCUGUUUUCCCAUUUGCUGAAGAUCAUUAAUAUUUGUUCCCACAUAUUGGAUGAUGUCGUUCCUGGCCCGACACUAAAGGCGACGUUACCAUCUCUCACCAACCCACCUUCGCUGAGUCCAAUUCGGCGCAAAGCAAAAGAAAAAGAAGUGACGGAGCAAGCCACGGUCGCCAUAAGCCCUAAAAAGACGAGUGAAAACAGCCCAGCUCCGAGACAAAGUGACACUUCAAGCUCCACUCCCCCGAGUAAAUCCUCGUCCACUCUGGGUAACUUCUACCAUCUCCCGUCGUAUCUCAAACUCUACGACGUUCUGAAGGCCACCUAUGCCAACUAUAAGGUUACACUCGAUCUCCAAAACGUCAAUGAAAAGUUUGGUGGAUUCCUGAGAUCAGCUUUGGACGUUCUGUCUCAGAUCUUAGAACUGGCAACUCUACAAGACAUUGGAAAGUACGUGGAAGAAAUUCUGUGUUACCUGAAAUCCUGUUUCAACAAAGAACCAGUCAUGGCAACUGUGUGUGUUCAGCAGUUACUCAAGACCUUGUUUGGCACCAACUUGGCCUCACAGUUUGACAGCUGGUCUUCCAACUCCUGCCGAGCUCAGGCCAAAUGCCAGCGCUUGGGCUCCUCCAGUUUACGGCCGGGCCUUUACCACUGCUGCUUCAUGGCUCCUUACACCCAGUUCACCCAGGCCUUGGCCGACGCGAGUUUGAGGAAUAUGAUGCAGGCCGAGCAGGAACGGGACACCUCAGGCUGGUUUGACAUAUUGCAAAAGGUUUCUGCGCAGCUGAAAACUGGCACCGCGAAUAUGGCCAAGCACCGUGCUGACAAGAAUAUCAUCCACAAUCACAUCCGUCUGUUUGAACCGCUGGUCAUCAAAGCGCUAAAGCAGUACACCACCACUACGUCCGUACAACUGCAGAGACAAGUCUUGGACCUUCUCGCCCAGCUCGUCCAGCUGCGGGUCAACUAUUGUCUUCUGGACUCCGACCAAGUAUUUAUUGGAUUUGUGCUGAAGCAGUUUGAAUACAUUGAAGUCGGCCAAUUCAGGGAAUCAGAGGCCAUUAUUCCUAGCGUCUUUUUCUUCCUGGUGUUGUUGUCUUACGAGCGCUACCACUCCAAGCAGAUCAUUGGAAUCCCUAAAAUUAUUCAGCUCUGUGACGGGAUCAUGGCCAGCGGAAGGAAAGCAGUGACACACGCAAUCCCGGCUCUGCAGCCCAUCGUCCACGACCUCUUCAUCUUAAGAGGAGCAAAUAAAGCUGAUGCCGGCAAAGAAUUAGAAACCCAGAAGGAAGUCGUGGUCUCGAUGUUGUUGCGGCUGAUCCAGUAUCACCAGGUGCUGGAGAUGUUCAUCCUUGUGCUGCAACAGUGUCACCGAGAGAACGAAGAGAAAUGGAAGAGGCUGUCACGACAGGUAGCUGACAUCAUCCUGCCAAUGCUGGCCAAACAACAGAUGCAAAUAGAUUCCCACGAAGCCCUGGGGAUCUUGAAUACCUUGUUUGAGAUCCUGGCGCCUUCCGCCCUGCGCCCGGUGGACAUGCUGCUGAGGAGCAUGUUUGUGACGCCCAGCACCAUGGUAAGGAGGGGGGGGAGAGGCAUCUGGCCAAGAAGCCGCUCAGCGAGAGGGAAGGAGGCCUCGCUGCCCUCG